CGACAAUCACUAAUUUUUCGUCGGUGUAGCUCAAGCUCAUCUAAUGUAAGUACUACGUACCUAACCUUCGUCUAAUGCUUUCAUAGACAGCAAUGGAAUUGGUGAUCAGGAAGCUCGUCCAAUAAAUAAAGCAGGAUGACGGCGGUUGUGAAUAAUGCAAAUGCUAUCAUCGCGGACAGCGCAGUUGUGUGCGCAGAGGCCAUCUUGAUUGGACCGCACCACAUCGAAAUUGGCGAGAGCUGUAUUUUUCAUCCCGGCAGCCGCGUAGAGGCGAUUUCGGGUCCGAUCUUCUUCGGGCGCGACAAUGUCGUUGAGGAAGGUGCCCUGAUUCGCAAUGGGAAUCAGGAUCUCGCGAUGCGAAUAGGGAACGGUAACCUGUUUGAAGUGCGAAGUCGGGCAGAGAAUCUUGUUGAAGUCGGAAACCGUAAUAUUUUCGAAGUCAACUCAAGUGUCGUAGCGAAACCACAGGGACGGCAGGACCAGAUUGGUAAAGGCAGCCUCUGGUUACCAUCGAUGUUGCUGUCUCGUGUAGGAUCGGGCUGCAUUAUUGGCGCGAAUGUUUCGAUUUCAGCGAGGUAUGCUGGCGCGGAAGGGGAGGGCAGAGAAACCAAACGGGACGACGGCACAAGAACAGCUGUUAGUCCUGACAACAAAAACACCAACCCCAACGCCGCGAGGCCAAUCGUCGUAGACGAUGGACUGAUUUUCCCGACGAACGCAUACGGGGAAGCAGUGGUCGGCGGUCGGACUGACCAUGCGACAGAUGUCGAAGCAGAGAGAAAUCACUCAAAAUUGAUAGAAGUUCUCAAAGAAAGUCUACCGAAAUUUCACCACUUGAGACGAACCGCGAGUCCUACAGGAGGUAGCACUCUCCAGCGAUGACACGUCAGAGCGAGA